UCAAAACGGAAGGUCGAGGGUGGCCCUGUCUGGUGCCCACCCCGAUCGGGAUUGCCGGCGUGAUAUGAGCCGAUCGGCAACCCCAAUCGAGGGGUGGAUGGCCGGCGGGCUGCCCCAACCGCCUCCUUUGAUCCCAAGCGAGGUCAAUACGAGCGUCCUCUUCUCCGACCCAAUCUCGCUGUGCAACAAUGGAGUUCUUGGACGAAGACGCCAGGCCCAGAUUCCUCUUCCAGUCGCCCCGCCAUCAGAACCCUCCUCCGGUUUCUUCUCCCCAAGGUCUAAAUCGUCUUAGCAAGCCCUUCCUCUUCAUCACGACCUCCACUUCCGCCCUUUUGGUCUCUCUCUCCCUCCUGUACAUCCACUCGGAGCCCUUCAAGUCCCUUCUCUUAUGGGUUGCCCUGUCCCUCCUCGUCGGCCCGUUUGCUCCGCCUUCUCUCACCGGCGGCGAUAUUCGGGUCGGUCAGGGCCCCAUCGUCGAGUUCCCGGAUCAAGAGACCGAGCCCGAACCGGAAGCUCGGAAGAAGCCAGCUCAGAAGAGGCCGAAACCGGCUAUGGUGGAUGAUGCCAUUGUUAAAUCAGUUCCAGCAAAUGAGAUCGUCAACAGGCCGGUGAAGAAUGAAGAGAAGAUUCCAGCUCAGGCAAAUAGCAAUGCCGGGAACAGUACAAAAGAAGAAGAGGAGAAGGAGUGGACCGAGGACGAUACCGAGAUCUUGAGGAAGCAAUUGAUGAAACACCCAGCAGGGAAGCCAAGGCGGUGGGAGAUAAUUGCGGAGGCAUUCAAUGGGAGGCACAGGGUGGACAGCGUAAUCAAGAAAGCAAAGGAAUUGGCUGACAGGAAGAUGAGCGAUAAGGACUCGUAUGCUCAGUUCUUGAAGAACAGAAAACCAUUAGAUAGGCGAAUAGACGAUAACUCAAAUGACGGAGCUGCAGAGAACGGUCAGGUGAAGCAGGACAGCGAGUGGAGUAGCAGUGAAGACAUUGCAUUGCUCAGUGCCCUGAAAGCAUUCCCAAAGGAUGUCUCGAUGAGGUGGGAGAAGAUAGCAGCCGCUGUUCCAGGGAAAACAAAGGCAGCUUGUAUGAAUAGAGUUGCUGAGUUGAAAAGGGAUUUUCGGAGCUCAAAGGCUGCUAAGGAGUAGACCGAGUUUGAAGGCUCCACAGCUGUUGCUUCACGUUGAGGUCGAAGCUCAAGUUAGACAGGUAACAGAUGAUCAACCGAUACAGUUUUCACAAGUUCUUGUCCGUCGACAUCUGACGGUAACAAAAUACAUGCAAUUCAAUUACUAUAUGUAUGCAGCAUCCCGUGAAAUAAGCUGGUUUCGGCAUUUUCCAUUGUAUUCAACCAGUUUCUAAUGCAGAAUUCAUUUGUUACUCAUCCAA